AAGGCUUCAUGAAAUCCACAGGAGCCAGGCUUCCUCUUGGAGUUCCUAUGCCAUGGCGCAUCUAUGGCCGAAAGCCUUCCGUGUAGGUGUCCCUUCAGCAGUAAGGCGGUUUGACGCAUCGAGCAAGUGGCUGGUUACUGCUGGAGCGACCACCGCCAUCGUCAUGCGAAGAGAUGUCCUGAGUCCUUACAUCACCUUGGGUGGGAUAGCCGCAUCUUUUGUGACGAAGCGGAUCAAGCGUGUGGUGAAGCAGCAACGCCCAGAGGGAUCACCCUUUGAUGACCCGGGGAUGCCUUCGUCACAUGCCUUGGUCGCCACCUUUAUGGCAGUCGCUUGGGCACUGCAACUUCAGUCAAAGUUGGCUUCAAUCUCCUUGCUGUGCGCAUCAGCUUUAGUGAGCGUGCUGCGAGUAGUGUGUGGCCACCACACAUGGGCCCAAGUGGUUGUUGGAGCGGUCAUGGGCUCUGCCAUGGCUGUUGCUUGGAUGCUACUUGGAACGGAGAUGAUCCGAAGGCCCAGCCAUCUGGCAACCUUGGUCGUGUACACCUUGUACCUUUGCGGAAGCGUAGUCUUCCUGGCGAAGGGCAUCAAGAAAAGCCGGAGAAGACACAAAGCCACAAUUGCAGCCUCAGGCGAUUAGGAAGCACUUGCUACUACAGGAACGAACGCAUUCGGUUUGAUAUUGCAACGACAUGCGCAUGUCAUACAAAAAGAAGAUUGCUUGAACAUGAAUCCAGGAAGGGCAACCCAAUGCCUGGUUGCUUGUCCUGUCUCGCUUGAGUCCAUGCCCCAAAAAGCAGAAUGCAUGCAACUAGUGCCAAUUCUUGCAGUGCUGUUGACAAUGUUACUGCUGGUGGUGGAGGUCAUGGUGGUCAAAGUGCCUGUGCAAGUGCAAGUGCCGUGCAUCACCGACUUUCUUACAAUCUGAAAGACAUAGUUGGCGCAUGUUGGCACCAAACAAAGAGCUGAAGAGAAGGG